AGUAGGUUGGGUUAGCACUUUGUUUUCGUUGAGCGAGUGGUAGAGCAGAAGGCUUCGUCUUGGUUUUUAGUAACAUCUAAGAAAACUUGUUCACAAUUUACUGACAAUAUGUCUGCUGCAAAGAAAACCAAGAAGGGAACUGGAAAGAAAAGAGCUCAAAGAGCAACCUCAAAUGUGUUUGCUAUGUUUGAUCAGUCUCAAAUCCAAGAAUUUAAAGAAGCGUUUAAUAUGAUUGACCAAAAUCGUGAUGGUUUCAUCGACAAAGAAGAUCUUCACGACAUGUUAGCUUCCUUAGGAAAAGACCCUUCAGACGACUAUUUAGAAGAGAUGAUGAAGGAAGCUCCUGGUCCAAUUAAUUUCACAAUGUUCCUAACUUUAUUUGGAGAGAAAUUAAACGGGACAGACCCUGAAGACGUCAUCAAAAAUGCAUUCAGCUGCUUUGAUGCUGACCAAACAGGCUUUAUUAAGGAAGAAUAUAUGAAGGAACUGUUAAUGACUAUGGGAGAUAGAUUCACUGAAGCUGAGUGUGAUGAAAUGUUUCAUGGAGCACCUGUUGAUAGCAAAGGAAAUUUCAACUACAUCGAAUUUACUAGGAUAAUCAAACAUGGUUCCAAAGAAGAAUAGAAACCGUAACUCUGUCCUCCAUUCUUUUCAUGAAACUUUUAACGUUCCUGCUAUUGCAUCUUUUGGUGUUCUUUAUUUUUACUACAAAUUAAAACAGCACUAGGAGAUUUAAUGCAUGGAAGCAAAACUUAUUUAUAGAAGCGUCAAUCCUUGAAGUAGCAUAUAAAGUUCGAAUACAGAGUGGUUUGCACUAAUUGGUAUUGUUGACAGCAGUGGAUUGCAAUCAAACUUACCAAAAGAGAAAGAGUGAUGUAAAAGAAUGGAGAAGACAAUAGUUUUUAUCAUUACGUGUACCAGUUUUAUUCUGUUAUUACUUUAUCCAAUAAAUGUUUUUUUGUGGCUUGCUAAAAAAAUCGAAUUUUUAAAUGUCUUUUCACCACUUCUUCUGCAUGCAAAGUAUUCUGAUUUUAUUUUAUUUAUACUCUCCAGCUAGUAUUUAUUACACAAUCAAAUAUAAAACUUGUUUUUUGCCACCUACCCUUACCACUUAUUUUAACUUUGAAGUGUAAAUAUUUAGUUAUCAAUGUCAAAGACUGUUUUUGUCAUUUUUGUCACUUGGUAGCUUUACCGACAGAAUAAAAAGGUGCUAAAAAUCUGGUGCUUGUGUUGAGAGUUUUAUUUUACCUGAACAGGCCAUUCAACCUUGAUUUUUAAAUAUUUUUGGAAUGUUUUUUGUAGAAGUGUAUAAUAUUUCCUGUAAAUCAACGAUUUUCGUAUUAUGUAAUAAAAAAGAAUUUUCGUACCACUGGCGAUUAUUUGUGAAAA